GUGGUGUGAUAACUGGCGGUAUAAAAGUGCUUCUUUAUUUGGUCAUACAGCUUUCAAAUGUUGCUUAACGAACAGAUAGCAUUUUUAUAAUCAGAGGAAAGACUCAGUAUUAAAGUGCGCGUCCCAUCAUUGCAACCGGGCCCUCGGGCAGCCAGCUCUCUCUUGCUUCGCGUCCGGCUCUCAGGCCCUGGAGCCCGGCCUCCCCACCUUCUCCCGGCGCGGGUCCUGCUCCUUUUCCGGCCGCCCUCGCUCCGCCCCUUCGCCUCUCCCCGUGAUCCCUCUCUCGCUAACAGUAGGCGCUUUUCGUGAAGGCCCGGGUUUUUACAGCACUUCGCUUUUCUAUCGUUCGUUCGCAGGGCCAGCAAGGAGAGCCCCGCCCCCGCCCGCCGCCCGCCGCCCGCCGCCCGCCGCCCGCCGCCCGCCGCCCGCCGCCCGCCGCCCGCCGCCCGCCGCCCGCCGCCCGCCGCCCGCCGCCCGCCGCCUUUGGAUCCCGCGGACUCCGCCCGGCCCGGCCUCCCCAGGCAUGGCGCCGCUGCGCUUCUCCGCCAAUCUGUCCUGGCUAUUCCCCGAGCUCCCCGGCCUCCCCGCGCGGGUGCGGGCCGCGGGCAGCUCGGGCUUCGAGGCCGUCGAGGUGGCCUGGCCGUACGCGGAGCCGCCUGAGGCGCUGGCGCGCGCCGCGCGACAAGCGGGGCUAAGGCUUGUACUGAUCAACACGCCCCCGGGAGACCAAGAGAAGGGGGAAAUGGGGCUGGGGGCCGUCCCCGGGAGACAGGCGGCCUUCCGAGAGGGACUGGAGCAGGCCGUGCGGUAUGCCAAAGCCCUGGGCUGUCCCAGGAGUGGGCAUUGCUUGAUGGGCAGGAAGUUGAGUGUUCCUUGCAAGGGUGCUGUGGCAAGAGGAAGCCUGGUGUAUUUGGCAGCGUUCCUGAGGCUGGACAUGAUCCACCUGAUGGCUGGCCGAGUACCCCGGGGGGCUGAUCGAAUAGCAGUCAAGGCUGAGAUGGAAGCCGUUUUUCUGGAGAACCUGAGGCAUGCAGCUGGGGUUUUGGCUCAGGAGGACCUCGUGGGACUGCUGGAGCCCAUCAACACCCGCAUCACUGACCCCCAGUACUUCCUGGACACGCCCCAGCAGGCGGCAGCCAUCUUACAGAAGGUAGGAAGACCCAACCUCCAAUUACAAAUGGAUAUAUUCCACUGGCAGAUCAUGGAUGGGAACCUGACAGGAAACAUCCGGGAGUUCCUGCCCAUUGUUGGGCAUGUGCAGGUGGCACAGGUCCCAGGCCGAGGGGAGCCCAGCAGCCCCGGAGAGCUGAAUUUCCCCUAUCUGUUUCAACUGCUGGAAGAUGAAGGCUACAAAGGCUUCGUGGGCUGCGAGUAUCAGCCUCGAGGAGACACAGUAGAGGGCUUGAGUUGGCUACGUUCAUACUGGGAUAGGCGGGGCCACCCAGAGGCUGGCCAGUGAGGGCCCGCACACCACCCACAUGCCUCCAGACAGCGAGUGACAUCCCAUCUCCUCCUCUGCAUUAAAGAUGACCUGCUGAA